UUUCAAAUUAGUUUGUUUUUAUCCGUCUUUUAAAAUAAUCAUUGAGCUUGAAUAAUAAUGUUCCGUAAAAAAAAUAAAAAAAGCACCCGAAAAAUAAUAUAUUCUCUCUUUUGAUCAAAACUCUCUCUCUCUUCUUCGGAUCGCCUCAAUCUCAAUCAUCGCCAGCACACUGAGCAUUCUCCCGGCGAAUUCUCAUCUGCGUUUUCUUUUGUCGGUAUCUCCACUGACAGCUGGCCUAAUUCUAUCACACUUACGGGUGAAGUUGAAAAGUUUGUAGCACAAAAUAACAGAGUUGCUAAAUAGUUUUUUUGCGGCAAAAUUUGACCAAGGACAUAAUUCCUUUAUUUCCAUGGCUACUAAUGAAAAUUUGCCACCAAAUGUGAUCAAGCAACUUGCGAAGGAAUUGAAGAGUCUUGACGAAUCCCCUCCUGAAGGCAUUAAAGUUUGUGUGAAUGAUGAUGACUUUUCACUCAUAUUUGCUGAUAUUGAAGGGCCAGCUGGCACUCCUUACGAGAAUGGUGUUUUUCGUAUGAAGUUGUUAUUAUCUCGUGACUUUCCACACUCUCCUCCCAAAGGUUACUUUCUGACCAGAAUUUUCCAUCCAAACAUUGCAAAUAACGGUGAGAUUUGUGUGAACACAUUAAAAAAAGAUUGGAAUCCAAGUCUUGGAUUACGACAUGUUCUCAUCGUAGUCAGAUGUCUGUUGAUUGAACCAUUUCCAGAAUCAGCCUUAAAUGAACAAGCAGGCAAGAUGCUGCUUGAGAAUUAUGAGGAAUAUGCAAGACAUGCCAGGCUUUAUACUGGGAUCCAUGCCAAGCCAAAACCCAAAUUUAAAACAGGAGCUAUUUCUGAGUCUACUACUGCACUGAACGUCGACCAAUCUAACACCUCGGCAGUUAAUGCUGAUCAAAAGAUCACGGUAGGUGGUGCUGCUUUGCCACUGCCAUCCCAAAUCCCAUCUAUACUGGUCCCUUUGAUUGUCACUGCAAGAGGACUUGGCCAGGAUCAGCCGGCUAUUGUAGCUUCUGCAGUGGAGACAAGAGUUGGUGGUACUGCUGCAUCAACUGUAGCAAGUAGUACGACACUGAAGAAAGAAGCUGGCUUGACAAAAGCACAGGCAGAAAAGAAGAAAAUUGAUGCAAGGAAGAAAAGUCUGAAGAGAUUAUGAAGUUUCAAGGGGAAAAUGUGGUGACUUGUCUGAUGUGGCCUUACUGUUGGAGGGUGGAGAAAAAGGUCGAGUGUCAAAAUAUGUGAUGUUGUAAGAAAUGCUUGCAUUGGGGAAAUGUUGUGAAUUGAAUUUACCAGUAUUAUUAUGUCAUCAUCUUCAUUUUUCUUUGCGCUCCAAUAUUUCUUCACAUUGUUACGGGAAGACCAUGGGAUUUAUAGUUCAUGUUUG